AUGAGUAUGAAGUGGGAAAAUGAAAGUCUCCUGAGCCGUCUUCAACGCCUACAAACGGAGGUCAAUCAGCUUUUGACAGAAGCUGCCGAUGUUUCUAAACAAACGAAGACUACAGAAGAACAGCAAGUUAACCCAGCUGAUCUUACGCGCUUGGCAGAAGUGUUGCACGAUCAGCUAAAGCAGAUUCAAUUGGAGGAUAUAAGUGAAGAAAUUAAUCUACCCGAUUCUCAGAAUCAAGCUUUUUACAGUAAAAUCAUUUCACAGUUGGAUAGCUUCAAGCCGGACAAGAAUGAAGAACGCAAGGCGAAGGAUUCAACUCAUUUGGUGUACGAGAUUUACGACAGACCGGACUUUUCGAAAAGAGCUGAAGUGGAAAGAGUUGCCGAAUUGGAUCGUCGACUGCAACGUCUUGAGGCCCUAAUUGGGCAACCGGAUCCAACCAAAUUGUCUGCAUUGACUGCAGAUACAGCACAACACAGUCUGCUCGAGGCGGCUUCCAAAUUGUCCGCACGUUCUGCUCUACUCCAACCGAGCUAUUUAGAUAUGAUUGAAACGCGUCUUUCCAGUUUGCAAACAAAGUUGCAGUCGAUCACAGAGAAGCGUGAAACUAUAGCCGAUGCGGAUACACAAAACAAAGUUGCCGAAUUGUACGAGUUAGUUAAAAAAUGGAACGACGUUGCCGAUAGUCUGCCCAUGAUUGUGGAACGACUAACCGACUUGAAAGAUCUGCAUGAAGAAGCAUCCGACUUUAGCAACAUGCUUAACGCGGUCGAGAGUGGACAGAAGAAUGUGGAGGAGAAUCUGAAAACAUACUCGAAGCUAUUGCAGGAGGUUCAACAAAGUUUGGAUGAGAAUAUGCAGACGGUCAAGCAAAACUUCGAAAGCCUUCAAGCGCGUCUGAAGUGA